AUGGCAGUGGACCAUCGUGGCCAGGCAAUGGGAAUGGACCACCGGGACCAGGCAAUGGCAAUGGGCCAUCGGGACCAGGCAAUGGGAAUGGACCAUCGGGCCCAGGGAAUGGGAAUGGACCAUCGGGUCCAGGAGGUGGUGGUCCAUCGGGUCCAGGCGGUGGUGGACCACCUGGUCCACCUGGUCCAGGAGGCGGUGGACCACACAGACCAGGAGGCGGUGGACCACAUAGACCACAUAGACCACAUAGACCACAUAGACCUGGAGGCGGUGGACCACAUAGACCUGGAGGUGGUGGUACAGAACCCCCCUGGGACUAUCCUCUCUGGUUUCCUCCCUGGUGGCUCCCUAGACCUGGGGGCCGUCCCCCAUGGGGUCGGCCCCCCUUUGGUCCUGGUGGUCGUCCCCCCUAUGGCCCUGGUGGUCGUCCCCCCUAUGGUCCAGGGGGCCUUCCUCCCUAUGGUCCUCCUGGCGGCCGUCCCCCCCUCGGGCCUGGGGGCCGUCCCCCCCUCGGGCCUGGGGGGCUCCCCCCCUUUGGUCCUCCUGGGGGCCGUCCCCCCCUCGGGCCUGGGGGGCUCCCCCCCUUUGGUCCUCCUGGGGGCCGUCCCCCCAUGGGGCCUGGGGGUCUUCCUCCCUUUGGUCCUCCUGGGGUUCGUCCCCCCUUUGGCCCUGGGGUUCGUCCCCCGCUUGGCCCCGGGGGCCUUCCCCCCUUCGGUCCUCCUGGGAGUCGUCCCCCGCUAG